CGCCCCCUCGGCUCCCGCGCUCACUCUCGGCGGCCGCCGCGGGUUUCCCCUCUAGAUCGGAGGAGCGUCACUGUCGCGGACCACUGGAUGACGGCGGUAGGGUGGCCCGAGCGGCCCGGCGACCGCCGCGGCGCUUUUCCUCCGCGCCCUCGGCCUCCGCCGCCUCCUCGCGCCGCGGGAGGGCGUCCAGGCCGCGGGAGCGGCGGCGGCGGCGGCGCAGCGCGCGACGCGGGCGACGGCGCGGGGAUGGCGGAGGCGGCCGCGGGUGCGGUUGCGGUUGUUCCAGCCGGCCGCAGCGCGGCUGGGGCGGCGGCGGCGGUGUCCCCGCGGGGGGGAACCGGAGGCGGCGAGGUGGGGAGCAAGAGGCCGUCGUCCUUCCCCGUGGCGGCGCCGCGCGCGCACCCGCCGCCCAAGCGGAGGCUGGUCUCCGCCACGCGCCGUUUCCCGCCAGGGUGCGGGAGGGGCGGCGCCGACGGCGGUUCUCGGCUCGAGGCCGCACCUGCGCGCUCCAACGGCGGUUCUGCUGCGUCGCCUAAGCCACCGCCGCCGCCUCGCUCGGUAGACGAGGCUGGUUCUGGUGUGCUGGCGAAGGCGUCUGCUGUAGUUGUUCCCCGACCGGUUGCGGACGGCGGUCGUCGCGGUCCAGAUGCUGGGGCACAGCGAUCGCCAAAGCGUCCCCGUCACAGUGGCGCGGCUGCUGCAGAUAGUUUGUUGGACACUGACCCGCAAGGUGGUGCAGGGAGGGGUGGUGAACUUGGGAGCAGCAAGCAGUUGGUGCCAGCCACUCGGUUGCUACCGGAACCGAGGAUGGUCUCUGCCAUCCGCAGCUUCCCACGGACAGAGAGCAAGGAGUCCUCCACGGCUAGGGGCUCCUUUGGUCCCAAGAAGGAGGUGGUUGUAAAAGAUCCAGCUCAUCUUCGGCUGAAGGUUGCCUCUGCAUGCACAAUGGGCACCAUAAAUAAACUGAAUCAAGUGGUGGCUUCCAUGUUGGAAGAUGAUGGCUUCUUGAAGGCUAUAGAUGCUUAUGACAGAAAGCUUGAACUGAAGCUCAAUGUUUCAUCAGAUGCUCCUUCUGUGAGCUGUCAAGGGCGAUAUGGAACCCAGAAAGCGGAUGCCAGGCGUGAAGUCAAGAAGAUGUGCAUGAGGUUCCAGUUUAUAUGCAGGGCUAUAGUACAAUUUGUGGAACAGCGCUCGCUGAAGAUUAGUAGAAUUGACCUUGCAGCUGAUAAAGUGAUCAAGGAAUUGCCAGGAUUUACCCAACAUGAGCCUAUCAUUGGAAACGUUCCUGGAGUUGAAGUUGGUGAUGAAUUCCUGUACAGGGUUGAGCUGGUCCUUGUUGGUCUCCACCGACAGUACCAGGGAGGCAUUGACACCACCAGGGAUGAAAAUGGUGUGCUUUUUGCAAUUAGCAUUGUUGCUUCUGGAGGUUAUCCUGAUGAGCUAUCAAGCUCGGGUGAAUUAGUAUAUACUGGUUCCGGAGGAAAGUAUGCUGGUAAGAAGACUGAUGAGAAUCAACAGCUUAAGAGGGGUAACCUAGCCUUGAAGAACUGCAUCCAAACAGAGACUCCAGUCAGGGUGAUUCAUGGCUUUAAAGGUUUGAGUAGAGAAGAAGGCAGUCAUUCAAGAGCCAAAAAAGCUUCAGGUUUCACAUAUGAUGGUCUGUAUCAUGUUGUGGAUUGCUGGAGAGAAGGUCAGGCAGGUUCUAAGGUGUUUAAGUACAAGUUACAAAGGAUUCCUGGGCAACCAGAAUUGCCCCACUGCAGCAAAACUGCCCGCCGCAGCUAAACUGGGAUCAUGUGUUGAAGACUUUGCCCACUGAGUUCACCCACAUCAUACGUCGUUGACUCCAUUGUUUUGCUGGUAGACCUCAGAACAUAUAUCUUUCCAGGUCGUCCUACCUUGUCACUAAGCUUGUAAUGUUACUCUCUGCACAAUGUUACCCGUGCGAUAGCUGCUGACGCUUCCUAGUUGUUGGUCAGUCGCGAAAGCUGCUGAAGUUUCUGAGUUCCUUACUGCUCAUAUGAACCCGAUGUUUCCUAGUGCACCAAAGCAGAGCCUUGAGAGGGUGUAGUUCAACACAAGAUGGAUUGAGAGCAGUUUGCAUCAGUAACGAGCCCAACCUUGCCCUGACAGUGCACGAGCUGCUGCAACGCAAGGUGUAGAGGCAGCUUGCAACAAAUAGUGGUCAUCUUAAGGGGGUAUGCGUGAUAGUUCUCACGACUGUUCUACUGGACGUGGCUUUUGUUUUAGCGUUGCUCGUAGAAGCAGUGUAGCUUGACCUUGUAGUGUUGCUGCUGCUUUUGGAAUGCGCCCGAGGAGUGUGUUCUAUGUCCAGGAUGGUAAGAACUCAAGUAACAAAGCUGUUCUGUUGAUGAGUGAUUAGUUUUUAAUGUAGCUUCCGUGAGUCGGCUUGUUUCCAUUUAUGCAUCUACUUCUACGUACCUUAUGGCUAUUGUAAUGGAGUUAUGAUGACUGUAUGCUAUGACCAAUGAAUUGCUUUGUUGUAGUUUCUUGUUU